UACUAACCAAUCUUAUAAUUUAGUAUUAAUUAAGUAAGAAAGCUCUUUUAAGUAUAUUAAAUAAUAUUGUGUUAAAAUAUCAAAAGUUAUUAUAAGCAAAUUUUCACAUUAUCUUAAAGCUAUAUAGAGUAUACAGUAUCGUAUUAGUGUCAAAUAAAAUUAUUUAAUAAUAGAAGUUCAAUCAAAUUUAUAGCUGAAAUGGAAGUAUUAGACCUAUAAGUCGGGAUGCAAAACGAGGACUUCUAAAUAUAAAAUGAAUAAUAGCAAAAUUCUCCAAAAAUAAAAAAGAUUAGAAAGCUAGUUAGAAAGAGUAAAAAGCAAACCUCUUCUGAAGAAGAUAACAAUAUUUUCUAAGAAGAUGAAGUUGAUAUAAAAAAAAAUAAUGCUAACUCAGAUUUAAAUGAUAUUGAUAAUAAUAUGUUUGAAAACAAAUUGCUUAUUUAAGAAGAUAAUAAUGAUAAACAGACAACAUAUAAAUCUAAACUUGAUGAACUAUCUGAGUAGAUAGCAUUAAUGGAUGCAGAAAAAUAAUAAAAAAAAUCAAGAAAAUUAAAUAAAAAGAAAAAUUUUAGCGAAGAUAACGAAUACUAAUAUUUUGAUGAUGAUGAAGAGAAAAAAAUAGCAGAAAAAUAAGAAAAAAAGAAAUAGAAGAAGCAAAAAGAGAAAAUAGAAUUAGAAAAAAAUGAAGAUAUGAUUAAAAGAUUGGCUGAUAAAUUUAAUGAUGAAGAAGAAGAUAUAGAUGAUAAUUACUAAAAUCAAAAAGAUAAUGAUGACGAUGAAGAUUAUGAAGAUGGCACUGAUUAAAAUCAAAGAAAGAAGAAGAGGACCAAAGGUGCAGCUUCUAAAUCAAGCCAAAAUGCUGCAAUUAUAAAGACAAAUAAUAAACUUUUUAAAGAAAUAAAUACUCUAGAAUCUGCAAAUCUGGAUAACAUUGAAGAACAACCUGUUGAAGAGGAAUGUUUGCUUGAAGAGUCUAUUAAAUUUGAAAGACAAAAUAAUAAAAAUUAAAAAAAUUUACUUGAUUUUUUGAAAUAGUCUAUGAUAUAUAAAAAGCAAAGAGGUAUCGAUUAUGAAAAUUCUUAAAACAUGUUAAGGGAAUCAACAAAUAUUUUAGAAAGAUCAUAAUCAUUCAAUGCAUCUAAAUAAAUUUCAGUGAAUUAAGAAUAAUACAAAGAACAGCUUGAGCAAUCUUAGAAUAUGCAAAAUCUUUCGUAGAGAAGCUAAAAUAACUAACAAGAGAUGUAGUUAAAGUCAGGUGUAUCAGUUAUUGCAAAUAGUGAUGAUAGUUAGAAAUUAUUUGAUUUUCCUAAUACUUAAACAGAAAUUCCCAUAAUAGAUUCUAUUGCUCCUAAAUCUUCUUAGGAUAAAAAAUUAUAACUUUUAAAGUAAAGUUCACAAAAAAUUACAAGAAUGCUUUCUUUCUCUUAAUCUCAAAAUUUAAGUUAAGGAUUAAACAAAUAAAGUUAAAGUUAAGAUGAUGAUUUAGAACUCGAAUUAUAAGUGCCUACAAUUGAUUAAUCUUAGAAACAUUAGCAACUAAUUAAUAAUACAUUAUUCUUUAAUAAAAUUAUUAGAACCAAUAAUUAAAAUUUGUUAUUAAAGCAACAAUCUUCAAUAAGCUCUACUAAUAGCAAUACUCAAAUUGCAGGAUAAGCUGGUAGUCAAAAAAUGUUAGAAAAAAUUAAGCCUCUAUCAAGAGGUGAGUUCUUAAAGUAAAGUUAAAAGAGAUUCACUGAAAGAAAAUCUCAAAAUAUUGAUUUAAAAGCUGUUCAAAAUACUUUCAAACAAACAACAUUCGAUCAUUUGCUUGAAUAAAAUGAUAAAAAGCAAAAGAAAAAUUAAAGCUCUGAAGAAAAAGAAGAUGGCGAAAAGUCAAGAACAGAAACUAAAAAAAAUGAAGAUGAUGAAAAUGAUAGUCAAAAUACAGAGAAUGAUAGUGACUAUGACCCAAAUAAAAAUUCUGAAGAAAGUGAGGCAGAGGAAGCUAAUAAUGAUGAAAAAUCUGACGAUAAAGAAGGAGACAAAUAAAGAUAACUUUUAGAAGCAGAAAUUUAAUAUAGAAAACUGUUAGCUUUAGAAGAAGGUAUUGAUGAAAAAGAUUUUGAAAGAUAAAUUCGUUUAGAGUAUGGAUUGGAAACAGAAUAAUAAGAAAAUCUGGAAAUAGAUGAUGAUCUCGAUCAAGAGAGUGAAGAUUUAGAAGAAAAUCCUGCUGAAAAAGACAAUAAGCAAGAUGAAGAGAAUUAAGAUCAGCAAGCUUAAAAUUUAGAAGAUUAACUUGUUGGUUUUGAAGAAGAUGCUGAAGGACUAAACUAGAAUAAAUUGAAUGAUGAUAAUGAAAGUGAAAUAAAACCAAUGAGACGUUUAAAAAACAUAGCUGCAGAAAUAUUGAAGAAACAGUAAGAAAAAAAGGAAAAAGAGAGAAUACGUUAACAAAAGGAGGAAAGGAGAAAGUAACUGCUAAACAACCCUAUAAUGAAAAAAAUAAUGAAUGAAAUGAUAGAUGACGAGGCAGAGCUUGGUUCUGAUAAUGAAGAAAAUGAUGAUAAAAUUAAAUAAAUUGGUGAUGAAGAUGAGUACAAAGAAGCAGGCUUGAGUAAAGAUGAAGACCUAGAUGCUGAAUUAAAGGAAUUGAUAAAUAACAUUGUUGAAUUUAAUGAAGAAAAUGAAUAACUUGCUACAAGUAAAUUUAUCAGAGAUUUAGAAAAAAGAGACAAAGAAGAAAUCAAAAAGAUUAUCGAAGGUGCAUACAAAGGUACUCGUGCUAAAAGAAGAAAUUUAAGCGAUUUACUCGUUGAAGAUGGCGAAACUUCAGAGUCUAAAAAAUUAAAGAGAAUAUAGGAUGCAAUCAGAACUCUGUAAGAACAAACCGGAGAAAACUAGUAUUCAGAUGAAGAAGAUGAAAAUGAAUCUGAAGAGGACUUUGAUCCUAUUACUGGUAACUAAAAAACAAAUAAGUCAAAGAGCAAGAAAGAUCAUAACGAAAAGGAACAAAUAUAAAUUAGAGAAGCAAAUCUACUUCUAAAAAAGGAAUACUAGAAAGCAAGUGAAUAGAAUAAGUUUGAUGAAAAGAAUUUAGUGGAUUCUUCUAUUUUAGAUUUAAUUUAAAAUAAAUAAGCAGGUAAUACCCAAACUGCAUAAGGACCUGCAGCUAAUGGAACCACUAUUUAGAAAAAAAUAAUUCCUACAAAGAUCUCUGAAAAAGUUGGAGUAUUAAAAGGUAAUUUAUCUUUCGGAAAUGGGUAAACUAGUCUUGCUUAGUAACUAGUUAGUCAAAAGUAAUAAUAGAACUAGUAAAAUAUUUAAGGUUUCAGUAAUUUAAGAGGAGCAAAUCUUAAGAAUUCAAUUUUGCAUGUUAAAAACAAUAAAAAUAGAUUCUCUUAAUUCAAUGAUAGUUUUAAUAAAGAGUCAAUGAUUAAUGAAUUUGGUGAAUCAGCUCUUACAAAGGCUUUCUAAAACUAUGCUGACCACUCUUAAAGUAUCUUUUACUCUAAAUAAAAUAAUGAAGAUUCAAACUCAAGACCUCUUGAUAAAGGAAACAAAUUAAAUAAAAAAAGUUCUUCUAAUUAAAGUGCAGUAGGAUAAGGUUCUUCUUCAUAAAAUUUCAAAAAUGUAUCAUCAAUAAAUAAACUAUUUAAAUCUAAUUCUACUUCAUUAGCUCAAACUCCUUCAAAUUCAUUUGCUUAACAAUUUGGCAAAAAGAAAUUCUCCACCACUAGCAAUGAUUCCAAAAAAUGA